GAUUUGGGGGUGAUGCAGGGGCACCCUACACACACCCUGAUUUUCUGGAAAUGGCAAGGGGUGGUGUGUUUUAUACCCUGGCCACACACACCAGUGGGAAGGGGGAAGGCUGUAGCAGAUCUGGUGUUGAAGGACUUGAUUCCCCAGUCUGGCCAAGGACAGAGGGGUGCUGGGGUCUAUGAAGGGUCUGGGGGUGUGAGGGCCAGAGCUGCCUGGCCUCUACUCCCGCCUCCACCUCAUCCCCAGCUGAGCCCUGCAGCCUGGCCCCAGGCCAGCAGCAGGCUCGGCAGGUCCCCGGGGCGUGGUAUCAGCCAGGGGUGGAGCCAGCCUGUAUUGGCCAGGCAGUCAGAGAGGCAGCACAGUCCAUCAGGAACGGCUGAGCUCGCUGCAGCCAGAGCCCGGAGAGGCAGUGUGGCCAUGAGCCCUCUGCUGUACUAUGCCUUGCCCGCCCUGGGCAGCUAUGUCAUGCUCUCCAUCUUCUUCCUGCGCCGGCCUCGCCUGCUGCACACCCCCUGGGUUCCAGCCUUCUAUCCCCGCCUGGGGGCCCACCGGGGAGGAUCUGGAGAACGGCUGGAGAACACCAUGGAGGCCAUGGAGAACUCCAUGGCCCAGCGAGCUGACCUCCUAGAGCUUGACUGCCAGCUGACACGGGACGGCGUGGUGGUGGUGUCGCACGAUGAGAACCUGUCCCGCCAGUCAGGCAUGAAUAGGGAUGUGGGCAGCCUGGACUUUGAGGAGCUGCCCCUCUACAAGGAGGAGCUGGAAGUUUACUUCUCACCAGGCCGCUUUGCACAUGGGUCAGACCGGCACAUGAUGCGUCUGGAGGACUUGUUCCGGAGGUUCCCUCGGAUGCCCAUGAGCGUGGAGGUCAAAGGGGAAAAUGACGAGCUCAUUCACAAGAUAGCAGGCCUGGUGAGGCGCUUUGACCGCAGUGAAAUCACCAUCUGGGCCUCGGAGAAGAGCUCAAUCAUGAAGAAAUGCAAGGCUGCCAACCCCGAGAUGCCAUUCUCCUUCACAACAAGCCGAGGAUUCUGGCUGCUGCUGCUCUAUUACCUGGGGCUGCUGCCCUUCAUCCCGAUCCCUGAGAGGUUUUUCAUCUGCUUCCUGCCCACCAUCAUCAACAGGACCUACUUCCCAUUUUCCUGCCCUGGGCUGAACCACCUGGCGGCUGUGGUUUCCAAAUGGUUCAUCAUGAGGAAGAGUCUAAUCCAACACCUGGAGCGGCGAGGGGUACAGGUGAUAUUUUGGUGCCUUAAUGAAGAGGCAGAUUUUGAAGUAGCCUUCAGGCUGGGGGCCACUGGCAUCAUCACUGAUUACCCCACAGCCUUGAGGCGCUACCUGGACACCCAAGGAGCAGCUGCCCGGGCCUCCUGAGCCUGGAGGCCCUCGCCCUCUCCCCUAUUUCUCUUCCCCAAUAAAUACUUUCUU